AUGUUGGAAACAGAUCAACUAGAAAGAGCAGAACAAUUCUAUCAAGCAGCUAUUGAAAAAGUAACUGAAUGGAAAGAUCAAGUAACAAUAUUACAUCAACUCGGGAUUCUCUAUGAUGUACAAGAUGAUUUAGACGAAGCACUAGUUCGAUUUCAUCGUUCUCUUGAAAUCUAUCAAAAAAAUGUAUCUGAAAAUGAUUCAAUGCUUACAUGGACAUACAAUGUUAUUGGACUAAUCUACAACAAGCAACAAAAGUUUGAUCUUUCUCUAGAAUAUUUUAAUCAUGCACUUCGUAAUGAACUCACUAUGCUUCAACCUAAUGAAGAAAGUAUUGCUCGUUGUUACAAUAAUAUAGCUAGCGUCUAUGCUGAUCAAGAUAAGUAUCCAGAUGCUCUAAUUUACUAUCGUCGUGAGCUUGAUAUUCAGCAAAAGAUACUUUCUUCAUCUCAUCCUUCAAUUGCUGUCUCUUAUAGUAAUAUCGCAUACAUUCUUUACUGUUUAAAUCGAUACACUGAAGCUGUUGAAUAUCAACAAAAGGCGAUCGAUAUCGAUCUUCAAUCAUUGCCUCCAGAACAUACACAGACAAAACAGCAUAAGGAUCUACUCAUAGCUUAUCAAAAAUUGACACACGUCAAAAAUAUUCAUGGUGAAUCAAAAUCUUGA